AAUUACGGAUCCCGAAGAGGCCAUACCUUUGCUCGGUAAAGAUUAUCAAUGGAGCGAAGCCAUUCGUAUCUGUCAACUACAAAAUCGACGAGAUUUGAUAGAAACACACAUAAAACCAAGCAUAAGUGAAGGUAUAAGAAAUUUUUACGCGUUUUGUGUUCCCAAAGCAGUUAAAUUCUUUGAUCAGGCUACGAACAUGUUGUAG